ACACGUGUGCACACGCACAUACACUCAAGCCUACCUCGCCGUCUAGCCCUGCCUCACCCGAGACUUGCUAUUUACACGAGACUGGCCCACAAUGCCUCCGCUUUCUGAGCGCUGGCAUUAAAGGAGUGCACCGCCACGCCUAGCAAUAAGACUGAACGUUUGAAAUACUUCAGCCAUGACUAAGAGAGAAGCAGAAGAACUGAUAGAAAUUGAGAUUGAUGGAACUGAGAAACCAGAGUGCACAGAAGAGAGCAUCGUGGAACAGACCUACGCCCCAGCUGAAUGUGUAAGCCAGGCCAUAGACAUCAAUGAACCAAUAGGCAAUUUAAAGAAACUACUUGAACCAAGACUGCAGUGUUCUUUGGACGCUCAUGAAAUUUGCCUGCAAGACAUUCAGUUGGAUCCAGAACGAAGCUUGUUUGACCAAGGAGUGAAAACAGACGGAACUGUACAGCUUAGUGUACAGGUAAUCUCUUACCAAGGAAUUGAGCCAAAGCUAAAUAUUCUUGAAAUUGUUAAAACUGCGGAAACGGUUGAAGUGGUCAUCGAUCCAGAUGCCCACCAUGCAGAAGCAGAAGCGCAUCUUGUUGAAGAAGCCCAAGUGAUAACACUUGACGGCACCAAGCAUAUCACAACUAUUUCCGACGAAACCUCAGAGCAAGUGACGAGAUGGGCUGCUGCACUGGAAGGCUACAGAAAAGAGCAAGAGCGCCUUGGAAUCCCCUAUGAUCCUAUACAGUGGUCCACAGACCAAGUCCUGCAUUGGGUGGUUUGGGUAAUGAAGGAGUUCAGCAUGACUGAUAUAGACCUCACCACACUCAACAUAUCGGGAAGAGAAUUAUGUAGUCUCAACCAAGAAGAUUUUUUUCAGCGGGUCCCUCGGGGAGAAAUUCUCUGGAGUCACCUGGAGCUUCUUCGAAAAUAUGUUCUGGCGAGCCAAGAACAACAGAUGAGUGAGAUAGUUACCAUUGACCAGCCUGUGCAAAUUAUCCCAGCAUCAGUGCAGUCUGCUACGCCAACUACUAUCAAAGUUAUAAACAGUAGUGCAAAGGCAGCCAAAGUACAGAGGUCCCCAAGGAUCUCAGGAGAAGACAGAAGUUCACCUGGAAACAGAACAGAUUUAGGAAACAAUGGUCAGAUCCAACUGUGGCAGUUUCUGUUAGAACUUCUCACUGACAAGGAUGCUCGAGACUGUAUUUCUUGGGUUGGUGAUGAAGGUGAAUUUAAGCUAAAUCAACCUGAAUUGGUUGCACAAAAAUGGGGACAGCGUAAAAACAAGCCUACGAUGAACUAUGAGAAACUGAGCCGGGCGUUACGGUAUUAUUAUGAUGGAGACAUGAUUUGCAAAGUUCAAGGCAAGAGAUUUGUGUACAAAUUUGUUUGUGACUUGAAGACUCUUAUUGGAUACAGUGCAGCAGAACUGAACCGCUUGGUCACAGAAUGUGAACAGAAGAAACUUGCAAAGAUGCAGCUCCAUGGAAUUGCCCAGCCAGUCACAGCCGUAGCCCUGGCUGCUGCAUCUCUACAAACAGAAAAGGACAAUUGAAACCUAGGACCUCCUGGGCAUCCAUGGCUUUUCUUAAAUAUUUGGAGCAAGCUUUGCUCUCACCUUUAUUACUGAAUUUGAAUCUUAUUUCUAGACUGUACAAUCUGAUGCAUGAUUUUUUAUAAAUAUUUCAUACUCUUGUGAAUUUGGAUCUUUUUACUUUGAGCAUAUAUUUUAGAAAAUGUAUAGUAAAGGAUCUCCGCGAUGCCUGAAAUGUGAGAGUGGGUUCAUCGUGGGGUAGUUUGCUAACAGUCAGGAAAGCUAAACUGGUCAGUAUUAAUGUCUAGCCCUACCAAAAACAGCCGUAUUCUGUGUGUGAAGAUGACAGUCGGAAGCUGUUUCCUCUCUGCUGCUUUCCAUAGAGCCUGCAAAGGAAUUCUCAGCUAAGCAUGUGUGCCUGUCUCACCUAAUCAAGCAGAGCUAGAUGUUCAUAUCAAAUAAAAUUAUAUGGAUAAUUACUGAACUAUCAGGUUAUUAAUUUAUAUAUUUACAAGGAAAGAAGAGGUUAACUGGCAGAAGAGAGUGUUGAAUGAGACCCAGGUUUAAAGCUGGCUUAACUCAACCCAUUAUUAAUGGUUUUCUGUAUAGUUUAUUCAUUAUGUCAGACCAAGGACUUAAAUUAUUUUGAGAGAGGUGUUUAAUUCUAAUGAACCAGCUAUUGCAAAAAUUUCAAAAUGAUACCAUUCUUUCAGAUUUUAAAAAGCAUACCUCAGUAAGAAAAUAAAAAUUUGGUUUAGUUUGACUUCUUUUUUUUUUUUAACUAAUCUAUAGUAGCAGAUUAUUAUGCAAUACCAUUUAUAUAUUCAUUCCUGUGUUUGCUAAAAUGAAGACUUUAGAUCAGAUAAAAGUACUUAACUUUUGAGGAUGUUAGUAAAUUACUUGUGAAUAGUUCAGCACUGUCGGUGAUCUUUAAAUAAACUUCCCCACUUGUUUCAUUUUUCCCUCUUGAA